ACACCUUCUAUAUGAAUGAAAUGCAACGCUGAUUGUUCUUUGUCAAAAGAAAAGUCUGGGCGCAGCACACAGCUGAGCCAGCCAGCUCGGCUCGGUCUAUCCUUCGUCCGCCAUAGCUCAGACGCGCGCGCGCGCGUUCGCCCACACGUGCGGCUCCCAGGAUUCGCGCCGCUGCGGGUAAGAAAGACCAGCUUGGAGGAGGGUGAGGUGGAGAGUCGGCAGGCGAGGAGUCAACUGGAUACUAUGGAUGGAUCGGCGGAGCUGGAGGCGGCGGAGCAAGUGGUGAUACGGUGGAAUUCGUCGUUGGCUUCGACGGCGGCAGCGGCGGCAGCGGCGGCGGCGGCGGCGGUUGAGUACGAGCCGAUGCUGUUCGACGGAGCAGGGGAUCGGACCGAGGCGGAGCGGUUCCUCCGUGCUGUGGAUAACAUCCGCCGCCUCGCUCCGUCGUCCCCCUCGGUGGUCGGGAGCCCGCGGCGGCUGUCGUCCGGGUCGGGGGCGGCGGCUGGUGGAGGCGGGUGCAGCGCCGUGCAGGUCACGAUGGCGCGGCUCGAGGACGAGUUCCGCCACUUGCUCUCGUCCCGCGCUUUUGACCUCGAGAUCGAGGUGCUCGCCGACCUGACAUCCCUCUCUAUCUCCAGCGACCGAACGAACUCGGUCUCAUCCAUGGACCUCCCAGCUGUUGAGGAAGAUGACUCCGUCUCCUACUGCGGCGGCCGGCGGAGCAUCUACCGCUCGCUCCGGAGCAUCCGUGAGAUCGACCUCCUCCCCGACGACGCCGUUGCCGACCUCCGCGCCAUCGCCUCCCGAAUGGCUGCGGCUGGGUACGGCCGCGAGUGUGCCCAGGUGUACGCCUCCGUUCGCAAGCCGGCCGUGGACGCCUCCCUCCGCCGGCUGGGCGUCGAACGGCUCAGCAUCGGUGAUGUCCAGCGCCUCGGGUGGGACGCUCUCGAGGCCAAGAUCCGCCGAUGGAUCCGAGCUGCCCGUGCCGCCGUCCGCGGCGUUUUUGCCAGCGAGCGCCGCCUCUCCUUCCACGUCUUCCAUGACCUCCCAAUCUCCAAUGUCACCGUUGUCACCGCAGCUCCAGCCACGCGUGACACCCCCUUCGUCGAAGCCGUCAAGGGUGCGGCGCUUCAGCUGUUUGGCUUCGCCGAGGCCAUCAGCAUCGGACGCCGCUCUCCCGAGAAGCUCUUCAAGAUCAUCGAUCUCCACGACGCGCUAUCUGACCUGCUCCCUGACGUCUCCGACAUUUUCGGUGCCUCCAAGGCAGCCGAAUCGAUAUAUGUGCAGGCCGUAGAGAUCCGAUCGCGCCUCGCAGAUGCAGUUCGUGGAAUACUAUCGGAGUUUGAGAACGCAGUUCUCCGCGACCCGCCCAAGACUGCAGUUCCUGGUGGCACCAUCCACCCGCUCACUCGGUACGUGAUGAACUAUAGCAGCCUCAUUUCCGAAUACAAGGCCACGCUCACCGAGCUGAUUGUAUCACGUCCGUCGGCAAGUACACGGCUUGCUGCUGAAGGCAAUGAGCUUGUGCCAUCCUUGUGCUACCUCGAACUACCCGAGCAUGAGAAUCAGUCACCGCUUGCAGCCCAUAUCAUUUGGAUCAUUGUUGUCCUUGAACACAACCUUGAGAGCAAGGCGUCACUCUACAAGGACACGGCUCUCUCACAUUUGUUCUUGAUGAACAAUAUACACUAUAUUGUGCACAAGGUGAAGGAUUCACCUGACCUCUGGAGCAUGAUUGGUGAUGAUUACUUGAAGCGGCUUACAGGAAAGUUCACAGUGGCCGCCACAAAUUACCAGCGGACGUCAUGGUUAAAAAUCCUGAAUUGUUUGCGAGAUGAGGGUCUUCAUGUAAGUGGUGGCUUCUCGUCAGGAAUAUCCAAGUCAGCUCUACGGGAGCGAUUCAAGUCCUUCAAUGCUGCAUUUGAGGAUGCACAUAGGGUGCAAUCUGGGUGGUUCGUGCCGGACACGCAGCUGAGGGAGGAGCUGAGGAUCUCAAUAUCAGAGAAGCUCUUGCCAGCAUACAGGUCGUUCCUUGGCAGGUUUCGGCAUCAUAUAGAGAAUGGGAAGCAUCCAGAGUUGUACAUCAAGCACUCAGCUGAGGACCUUGAGAAUGCCGUGAAUGAUUUCUUUGAAGGGGCUCCUCCUUCCCCGCAUAAUAGGAGGAAAUCUCAUGGAUGAAAUUCAUGUACAUUUAUUCGACUGGUGUGUUGUGGCUUUGUAUUCUUUGAUUCUUCAGGGGGAUCAACUGCUGGCAGUUGGAGCUCUGUCUACUCUCUGAUAUUUGACAAUAUGGUUGGUGAUGAACCCAUGGUCGAUAAACAGACAUGCCAGUUCUUACGUCAUUUUGUGAUCUGGUGAAGCUGUCAAUCUCCAUGGGUCUUCCUCUGUAAGCCAACUUGUCCAUUUGUUACACGAUUAUUAUUACAUAUUACUGGCCAGUAGCAUGUCGAUAAAGUA